GAUGAUGAAAGUAUGUUUAAAGAAUUAAUUAAGGACUUUUAUGAUAAAAUCAUCAAUACGAUUUCUUUUGAUAAUUUUGAGAAUUCAUCAAUCGAAUGGAUAAAGAAUACACUUAAACAAAACGAUUUGAAUGUUGAAACUUCUCUUGAAUUCAUGCAGAAUCAUGAAGAGAGUGAAGCCUGGUUUACCAGUUUAAUCGGGUUUUUUUAUCAACAUGGGAUAGGAUGUAACGUUAAUGAAGAUGUCGCAUUGAAAAUGUAUUCGUUAGCAAUUAAACAAGUUCAAAUUGUUAAUAAUACCAUAGCAAAAUAUUUAUUGUCAUUGUUAUAUUAUAAGGACAUUAUUUUAUCUAAAGGUAAUUCGGGAAAUUCGAUUGAUUUGACCAUUAUUAAACCCAAAGUUAAAAUUUCGCAAUUUAAAAAUUUUAAAAAUAUUAACAAAUCAAAUGCGAAUGUAAUUGAUGAUGAAAGGAAAAAUUAUUCGAAAUUACUAUUAAAUUUAAAUUUUGAUAAUAAUAAUCCUGAAACUUGUAGUAAUGAAGAAGAAGAAAUUAUUAAUUUAGAUUUUAACCGUCAACAUGAGAUGGAAAUUGAAAAGAAAAAAUUUGAACGAUAUAUAAUAUCUGCGAGAGGAGGAGAUGUCACAGCAAAAUAUAAGUUAGGUCGUUGUUACCAAUACAAUAAAGGAAUAGAUAAAGAUGAAGGUAAAGCUUUUGAAUGGUAUUUGGAAUCUGCUGUAAAUGGAAAUGCUAGUGGUCAAAGGAAAUUAGGUGAUUGUUAUCAAUAUGGUAAAGGAGCGAUUAUAGAUGAAAAAAAAGCCUUUGAAUGGUAUUCAAAAUCUGCAGAAAAUGGAAGUUCGAAUGGUCAAAGAAAGUCAGGACGUUGUUAUCUAUAUGGGAUAGGUAUUGAAAAGGAUGAGAAAAAAGCUUUGGAGUUAUAUUUAAAAUCUGCCGAGGCAGGAAAUGUUACCGCACUAUAUAAUUUAGGUCAUGAAAAAAAAGCUUUUGUUUGGUAUUCAAAAUCUGCCGAAAAUGGUAGUUCAAAUGGUCAAAGAAAGUUGGGACGUUGUUAUCAAUACGCUAUAGAUGAGAAGAAAGCUUUUGAGUGGUUUUUGAAAUCUGCCGAAUUAGGAAGUAUUAGUGCACAAAAUAGUUUGGAUGAUUGUUAUCAGGAACAAAUAAAAACACUUUAA